AAGAUUCCUUCAAAACUUUGCUUUUUAUUCAUCGUCAAAAGAGGAAUCAUCGCAAGAGAUGAUCUUAGCCACGCACUCUACAUCAUUCCUGUUGAUGACUUCCAGAAGGUAGGUGUACAGAAAAGUUCUGUCUGACGAGCGCUUAGGCGCGAAACUCAGAGUAACAGAGAAUCGAUACGUCCUCUUUAAUUCUUUAACCUAUGUAUGCUUAGCUCUACUACCACAGCAUUGAGCACUUUAUGCCAAGGUAGACUCUACCCCACUUGUAUAUAUAUAUAUAUAUAUAUAUAUAUACAUCCAUUACAGUGGAGUGAAGUUAACGACGAGUGUGAAAUAUUUUUCAUUUAUAGAGCUGUUCUAAGAUGUGCAAUAAUUUUUUUCUCUUUUGACUUUCUCUCUAAAAAUUGACAAAUAUAGAUUCUUUUUCCUUCGACUGUUCUGCUCGUAACGAUAUUUGUUAAAUUAAUUGCAUUUGUUUAAUUUAUUGGAGAAGUAUCCGAAAAUUAAGCAAUACGAAGAUGUUGUUUGCCAUGGCACAGAGUUCCCGAUGGCUGAAGAAAAACAAUUGAAACCAAAUUUCCUUUUUCAUCGUAUCUGGAUCGAUGGCAUUUGUAAGAUUCACUUUGAAAUGGUCAGUGGUGAAACAUUCUCGAUUGUUUCCCCGUCUGAGGUAGGUUUGUUUGGAUGUUUAAAUUUUAUGCUCAUAUCUAACCCGUAAAGUUAAUAUUCUGGUAGUGAUAAUCAUAAUCACUAUAAGAUGUGACUUUCCGGCUAAAAACCAGUCUGAAGUCGCAUUUUUGUAUUUCUUUUUAAUUAUUGCUUUCUGUAAUUUUCACCAGUUUUUCACUAGGCUAUAAAUAUAUGAUUUACGAGCUGUGUCCAGAACUUACGAGGUAUGUCCAGAACUUGUCUUUUUAUGACACAUUUACCAACACUGUAUCUCUUAGAUAAGUGCAAAUGUCACUGAGAUCCUAUCGAGGAGUAAAGAUCGCGUCGGAUGUGAAUUUUCAGCUGUAGUACUAACCAGAUGUACAGGUGGAAAGGACCAGCUCUUUGAGGACAACAUUCGCAUAAGAAUUGAAUCGGAAGGCAAAUCUUUCCAUUUUAUGCUUCCCAUAGCGGUGAGUUAAUUAAAAAGCUUAGACUGUUGAAUGUUAAUUGUUACCAUUGGUGCUCUGUCUUCGUAAUAAUUAUUCGUGAAGAACGUAACAUCACUACUCACAGACAAUUGAAUGUUAGUUACAUGAAUUUAUGUUUGUUUCCUUCUCGAUUGUAUUCAACUUGAAAAGCUCCAUUAUAGAAGUGGUCUUUCAUUAUCAUGUCUGAUUAUUAUGUUGAUUUUUCAUUCUGCUAUUGAUAUUAAUUUUGAUUAUUGUUGAUAUGAUCAUCUGUUUGUGUGCUCCAAGUCAUGCCAGCUACUGGUAACUUGUUCUGAAAAUUUUUUUUGGUUUUAGAAAAACGUUGUAACCCAUAAGAGUAAUGUUUUAUUUGUUUUUAUUUUGGAUGUCUUUUCAUGUAAUGAAAAGAAAAGACAUUUUGUCUUGAUUAUUCAUUCAACUUAUACCCCUAUAAACAGAAAUAGUACAUAUUUUUACCUGGUUCUGUCUUAUUAUUUUUCAGUACUAUGAAGCAAGUAUAUCACCUUGGCUGUAUAAUUCACAUGCAGGUAAUAACAUCUUACAGAUUAAUUUUGGAGUAAACUUCAGUUUUUUUUUUUCGAUUAAUACAGUCCAUCUGCUAUUCGUGUGAAUUCAUUAAGUAGAACUCGAACUUCUAGAAAUUUCUGAAAAAACUAGUUGCUUUGUGUUUGAAACAUUCACCUUCAUGUAAGAAACUUCCAUGUCAUAAAAACCUCUUUUAUUGGGGCCUAAAUAAUCCUACGAGCACUUAAAAAAUUUAUCAGUGUAUGACUCGUUGGUGUUCACUAUUAACAAGUUGCUAUGCAGUUUGCAAACCAAUUUGUUUAUUGAGGUGGAAAUAUUGAAAUUAUUAGCAAGAUAAUUUGUGCUAACCCUAACCCUAACCUUAAACCUAAGUCCAAGAGAGUAAGCAUUUUAGAUAAGUAUGCAAUUGCAAGUAUAGACUUAAGACAAUUCACCAAUUUUACACUGGUGUAUGUGAUUGUCCAUAAAUAUAAACACUCCAAUGAUGGAUAGAAGGUUGGGUUCUCUCAACUGAACUGGAGUUUACAAACUGUUUUUUAAGACAAUUCUAAUUCCCUAACCUCAUAAUCUCCAGUUACUGCCAUGCCCGACGAAGACAGGGAAGUGCUGCGUUCCUGCCAUGUUUCUAUUCUAAAGAAUAUUGCUAAUCCAAUCUCUUUAUGUGAUCACCUUUACCAACACAAGAUCUUCGACAUUGGGGACUUGGAGGAGGUACAGAAUAUAACACGUAAAAGAGACCAGAACGCUUUUGUGUUGCGUACAAUUCAGACCAGGGGGAACAUCCUGGACCUUGUUAUUGAAAUAAUGAGAGGUCAGCGAGAAAACCAAGAGGCCGCUGCCAUUUUGCAGAGAAAACGACACUGA